AUGAAAGUUGAGAUUUUGUCUCAGGUGAAGCAGCAGCAACAGAAGAAGAAGAAGAAAAUCAGCAAGUGGAGGUGCGUGGUGUGCAACCAAAUGCAGUCUGUUUGCAAAGUGUUCGCGCAGGGAUUCGUCGCCAAGGACCUCCGCGGCUUCGUCCAGUCCUUCAACAUGUCCCGCGCCAUUACCGAACCACCCCCACUUCCACUUCCACAAUUCCAAGAAGAAGAAGAAGAAGAGGAUAUUGUCCACGACGAUCGCGUUCAUAAUAACAAGAGACGAAGCGAUUGGAGUCAAUUCCUUGAUCCUGUGGAAAUGGAAGAGCAGCAGGUUGAGGAAGAAAGUGAUUUUGAGCCUAAGAUUGUGACAGAGUUGCCAGAGGAUUUGUUCAAGAAACAAAAACUCAAUGCCAAUGCAGACCUUUACAAGCCAGUUUUCUCCAACAGAAAUUCCACCGCCAAAAAUGUCAUCUCCCCAAGUUGCAGGACAACUAUGCAUUGA